AUGGAGAAAAACCCUAGUUCAUCAAGAAUUGAAAGAAAAUUCAUUGAGAGAAAUAGAAGAAAUCAAAUGAAAACUCUCUACCACAAACUCAAUUCAAUUCUUCCUCAUCAAACCUCAAAGGCUAUUUCGAUGCCGGAUCGACUAGAGGAAGCAACAAAUUACAUAAAGAAGAUGCAAAUAAAUUUGGAGAAAAUGAAGGAAAAGAAGUUUCUACUAGAAACUCAAAGGCCAAAUGUGAAUGUGAAAAGAAGCAAGAAGUUGAUGUUAGAAUCUCCAAAAAUUGAGAUCCGAAAAAUAGGUUUAACCUUAGAGGUUGUUCUAAUAACUGGAUUGAAUUCUCAAUUUUUGUUGAAUGAAACCAUUAGAAUUCUUAAUGAAGAAGGAGUGGAUAUUGUUAAUGCUAGCUAUAAAGUCAAUGAAGAUUCAGUUUUCCAUUCAAUACAUUGUCAGGUAGAAGAAGAAUUUGGCAAUGAAACUGCAAGAAUAUCUGAGAGAUUGAACAAGUUAAUGCAUGAUUGUUAG